AUGGAGUCAAGCAAGAAAAUCAAGGUUACCAAUCCAGUUGUCGAGAUGGACGGAGAUGAAAUGACCAGAAUCAUCUGGAAAUACAUCAAGGAUCAACUGAUUCUUCCAUUCCUCGAUUUAGAUAUCAAGUACUUCGACUUAGGCAUGGAGCACAGAGACAAGACUGAUGAUCAGGUGACUCUCGAUGCAGCAAACGCUAUCAAGAAGUACAAAGUGGGUAUAAAGUGUGCCACAAUCACUCCAGAUGAAGCCAGAGUAAAGGAAUUCAAACUUAAGCAAAUGUGGAAGUCACCCAAUGGUACAAUUAGAAACGAAUUGAAUGGAACUGUAUUCAGAGAGCCCAUUGUGAUCAAGAAUAUCCCAAGAUUAGUACCAGGCUGGACUCAUCCUAUCGUUAUCGGAAGACACGCUUUUGGCGAUUAGUACAGAGCAACUGACUACGUUGUCAAGGAAGAUGGAGUAUUCAAGAUGUCUUUCCACCCCAAGAGCGGUGCUAAGCCAGUUGAGUUCGAAGUGUUUAACUAUAAAGGCACUGGAGGAGUCAUGAUGGGAAUGUACAACACUGAUGAGUCCAUUAUUGCUUUCGCUCAUGCAUGCUUCAGAUACGCUUUGGAUAGAAGCUAACCCUUGUACCUCAGCACUAAGAACACCAUUCUCAAGAGAUAUGAUGGCAGAUUCAAGGACAUUUUCGAGGAGAUCUAUGAGAAAAACUACAAGAAGGAAUUUGAGGCAAAGAAGAUCUGGUAUGAGCACAGACUCAUUGAUGAUAUGGUCGCUUAUGCCAUUAAGAGCAAUGGAGGAUUCGUCUGGGCUACAAAGAACUACGAUGGAGAUGUCCAGUCUGAUAUUGUUGCUCAGGGAUACGGCUCCCUUGGUCUUAUGACUAGCGUUUUAAUCUCACCUGAUGGAUGCGUUGAAUCUGAAGCUGCUCAUGGUACUGUCACUAGACAUUACAGACAAUACUAAAAGGGUCUAGAAACUUCAACAAAUCCAAUUGCUUCUAUUUUUGCCUGGACAAGAGGACUCAUGCAAAGAGCUAAAUUAGACAACAAUGGUCCUCUUUUGAACUUCUGCGAGACUUUAGAAAGGUCUGUGAUCCUUGCUGUUGAAAGAGGAUUCAUGACCAAAGACUUAGCCCUCUGUGUAAGUGAAGGCAAAGAAGUAGCUAGAUCUAAGUACUGCAGCACUGAAGAGUUUAUGAACAAGUGUGCUGAGAUUCUCAAGCAAGAACUUGCUGCUCCAAAGGCCAAGCUUUGA